GGCAAGACCAAGGGUGAUGGAGGGAACCUGCGACCUACUGCAAAGGUGAAGACACGGGUGCCAUGGAUACCGCCUGGGAAGGCCUCCGUGCGGGAUGCCUCUUACAAAUGGGAGGUCUGACAUGCUAUUCACUCCUUUUAUCUAAUCUGUUGUUUUAUCUCAUUUCCACUAAUGCAAUGUAUUCAUACUGCACCUAUUAAAGCAAUAUCUUAUGAAAGCACUCAUAUCAAGACUUUCCUAUCAACACUUUCUAUAAUAUGCUAUAAAAUGGAUCAGAAGAAUACAUAUAGCCAGAGUCUGUGGUCACUGAACCUGUCCAUGUCUUAGGGGCCGACUCAUUGUCUGGAGAUCACACCAUUACCUGAGCCCGAGACCUCCCACUCUCCCCUGCGAUUGGCCGACCUGUCGUCAGAGGAGGAGGAAGUGCUGCAUGGACGAAUCAACCAGUAUGAGAGGAAGAUUGACAGCCUGAUGACUGAGGUCAGCUCGUUGAAGAGUGAGGUCUGUCCCUCCCAUUUAAUUGUCCUUAGGACCGGUUCCACAUGUUCCCCUAGUCCCUCACCCAUUGAUACAUUGAUUUAUUUUCUAAGUGUGUGUUUGUGCGUGUGUGUAUGUAUGUACAUGCCUGUGUAGGUGGAGCUGCGGAAGGAAGGAGCAGCUGCUGGAGCGCCAGUCGGAGAAGCUGAGCGCCUCCCGGCGGGUCAUCGAGGAGCAGGAGGAGGAGCUGGCCGAGGUGGCCAAGGAGCUAGAGGUCACGGAGAGGGAAAACUCCCGCCUGCGCCACUCCAUGGAGAAGAUGUUGGAGGAGACAGACUGUACCAGCAGGUAUGGCCCAGACAGACACACUUGAAGCCAUAGUUAAUUCAAAUUGUAUUUAAUUUACUUUGUUUUCCUAACGUUCCAACUUCAACUUCUCAUAACUUUUUUUUACUUCCUGUAUUUGAAAAAAUAUACAUUUUAUGAACAGUCUUAGUCAGAAAGUAGAUAGGGCGACAGAUACAGAGUGGCAGACAGAAAGGAAAGGCUUAGGUGGGAUUCAAACCCCGUCGCCAGCAGGUAAGUGUAGUCAGGAGUCUGCAGCGCUAGCACUAGGCCAGACUCCAGUAAAACUUCUCAUGACUGUAAUGAGCCUUGAUUCUCAGAUGCCUUUAACCCAUCAACAGUCCUAGCAGGCUGUCACACUAUGGCCUAUUUGGUCGUUUUUCAUCAAAUCUGAUUAUUGUCAGAAGUUGCAAAUUAAGCCCCCAGUGACUCAUGCUAAAUAAUAUAAUUGUCCUACUUAAUAAUAUACAGCGGUGCUAAAUAAACGUGAAACUAUAAAACAUUAUUUAUCUUGUGCCCCUUAUUCAAAAUCUUCCAUCCCUUUGCCUCUCUCCUGUUGCGUCUGCCAUAACCCCCCUGUCCAGACUGGAGAGGUCUAUGGAGUCGAUGCAGCUGGAGAAGGACACUCUGCUCAAGAAGCUGAUGGAGGCAGAGAUGGACGGGACGGCCGCUGCCAGGCAGGUGUCAGCCCUGAGAGAGACCAUCACCAAGAUGAGGAGCUCCAGCACCAGUGUGAGUGUCGGCAGCGACAGGGUUGGGGGUCAAUACCAUUCAAAUGCCAAUUCACAGACCAUUUGUUAUUUCCAGAGAUAAUAUCAAUGAACUUCCUGAGUUGACUGAAUUGAAAUGGAAUUGACCCCAACCAUGCAAAGAUACCAAUAUAUUUCAAAAUGCAUAUGGUAGGUGUAACCUCAAGGAUAUACAGUAGGUGUUGAUAUAUGAAAUGCUUUAUUUUGGUUGGAAAAGAGGAUGUCGGGGUCUGAGUCUUCUCUCCUGGCGCGUCAGAAGGAGCUGCUGCUCCAGAAACUGGAAACAUUUGAGUCCACCAACCGCACUCUCCGCCACCUACUGAGGGAACAGCAUGGACGUGAGGUACAGGUUCACCCUCCAUGCCAGUAGAGGGCAGACUAACAUAAAGCAGAGUAGAGCAAUUCACUUUUAUCCAUAACACCGGCCUUGAUUCGCAAAGUAAGCGACUUUCCUUAUCCUGAACCCUAACCCUACUUGAACCCCUAAGUUUCAACAACUUCCAGGAUGGUGAAAAUGCUGACAUGAUGAAUAACCAUGGACGUUCGGAAGCAGGAUGAGUCAGCAAGCCAAUUAGAACUCACAAUCUUAUCAUGUUGUGGCCUGAAAUAAGAGCCUCUUAUAGCUGCACUUUUACCUGUUGUGGUGGUGGUGGCAGUUUUUUUUAUUUUUAAACAGAUGGAAUCCAUGAGGAUGUCAGAGCAGAAAGAUGUACUUCUGAAGAGGCUGACGGACACAGAGGCAGAAAACUCGGUGUGUUUCUUUAAAUAAGCCACUGUCAGUCAGCAAAAUAUUCUGUGAAUCAUGAAUCCCCAAAAUGUCCUCUUCAAAAUGGUUUGUGCUUAUUGGACGGCUGAUGAAUAGAAGAAGGUUGUACUGACCUACAUUUCUGUAUCAUUCCUCACACAGAAUCUUGUUUUGAAACUUCAAGAGAAAGAGAGGGAGGUUAAUCAACUGACUACACUUAUGGACACUGAGAAGGUGAAGUAUAGUUGCAGUAGUUUUAGGCUACAUCCCACACACUAACAGCGUGUUCAACAAAUAUAGAAUUAUUUGAAUUGAUUUGCUUUCUGUUGUUGUUCCAGGAGAAUGCUAAGACCACAGGCGAGCUGUCUAAAGUACUGGAGUCUACUCGGGCCCAUUUGCAGAGCCAGUUGCGCAGCAAAGAGGCAGACAACAACCGCCUUGCUGUGCAAAUCAAG